CCCGGAUCCCACCCCUCCGCUCGCAGGACCCCGAACACCAAUGAUCUUGCAGCAACCCCUGGAGCGAAGCCCCCAGGGUCGGGCCCGGCGCGACCCGCGGGCUGACUCAGGGGCGUCCCGAGGCGUGGACGCGAGCUCCCCUCUCCGAGGACCUGUGCCCAUGAGUACCAAGCGUCGCCUGGAGGAGGAGCAGCUGCCUGCCUCCUCAUCUCUCCCCAGGGAGCCCCUGCGCAAGCAGUUCCUGUCUGAGGAGAACAUGGUCACCCAUUUCUCUAGACUCAGCCUGCACAAUGACCACCCUUACUGCAGCCCCCCCAUGGCUUUCCCCCCAGCUCUGCCCCCACUCAGAAGCCCUUGCUCUGAGCUGCUUCUCUGGUGCUACCCUGGGAACCUGAUCCCUGAGGCGCUCCGGUUGCUGAGGCUGGGGGACACCCCCAGCCCCCACUAUCCUGCAACCCCAGCUGGGGACAUAAUGGAGCUCUGAGUGCUGGGGGGCAGUGCCCCUGCCCACCUUCCUUCUUCCCCACAGCAGGGGAGGCCAGCACUCCCACGAAGGGAGCAGCUGCCCUGCUUUUCCUCCAGACCAGGCCUCUGGGCACCAGGACCUUCCCCCAACAGAGGACACUGAGCCCCACGGAGCCCUGGGGUGGGAGGCGCAGGAGCAUGGGAAGGGAGCCGUCCCCUCCCCAGAGAACUGAAUAAAGAUUGCUGAGCAAAUGAAGGCU